CCUGAGCACGCGAGACCCCGCAAUGGAGCAAUGGGCGUACUACCUCUGCCUCUGCUUGGCUCUCCUCGUCCCUCUCCUCCUCUUCAACCUCAAGCCCAACAGCAAGCGUCGCGGCGUGCGUCUGCCACCAGGCCCAUGGCGGCUGCCGGUCAUCGGUAGCCUGCACCACCUUGCCGGCAACCCGCUCGUGCACCGUGUGAUGGCCGACCUCGCGCGCCGGCUGGACGCACCGCUCAUGUACCUCAAGCUCGGCGAGGUGCCGGUGCUGGUGGCCACGUCCCCUGAGGCCGCCCGCGAGAUCAUGCGGACGCACGACGUCGUCUUCGCCACGCGGCCGUGGAGCCCCACCAUGAAGAUCAUGAACUCCGAGGGGGAAGGGCUGGUUUUCGCACGCUACGGCACCCCGUGGCGGCAGCUCCGCAAGAUCUGCAUCCUCGAGCUUCUCAGCGCGCGCCGCGUGCAGUCGUUCCGCCACAUCCGGGAGGACGAGGUCGGCCGCCUCGUGGCCGCCGUCGCCGCGGUGCCGCCCGGGGAGCCCGUGAACGUGAGCGAGCGGAUCUCCGUGCUCAUCACCGAUUCGGCGGUGCGUGCCAUGAUCGGGGACAGGUUCAAGAGGCGGGAGGAGUUCUUGGAGACACUCGAGGAAGGGGUCAAGCUCGCCACCGGCUUCAACCUUGGCGACUUGUUCCCUUCGUCGUGGCUCGCCAACUUCAUCAGCGGCACGGCGCGGCUGGCGGAGGAGAACCACCGCAAGAGCUUCGAGCUCAUGGAGUACGCGAUCCAGCAACACGAGGAGCAGAGGGCCGCCCCCUCGGUGAACAGCGACGUGGAGGAAGGAGGGGAGGACCUAGUGGGCACGCUCUUGAGGAUCCGCAAGGAAGGUGGCCUCGACGUGCCUCUUACCAUGGGAAUGGUCAAAGGAGUUAUACUUGAUUUAUUUGGUGCCGGGAGCGAGACAUCAGCUACCACGCUUCAAUGGGCCAUGUCGGAGCUCAUGAGGAACCCAAAUGUGAUGCGGAAAGCACAAGCUGAAGUACGCGACAACCUUCAAAAUAAACCUAAAGUGACCGAGGAUGACUUAGUGAAUCUCAAGUACCUAAAACUGGUCAUCAAGGAGACAAUGAGGUUGCAUCCAGCCGCACCAUUGCUUCUCCCUAGGGAGGCCAGGGAGCCUUGCAAAAUCCUCGGAUAUGAUGUACCCAAAGGUACAACGGUCUUGGUGAAUGCGUGGGCGAUUGGCAGAGAUCCAAAGCACUGGAAAGACCCUGAGGAUUUCAAACCAGAAAGGUUUGAGUCUGGCACAGUGGACUUCAAAGGCACAGACUUUGAAUACAUACCUUUUGGGGCGGGUCGGAGGAUGUGCCCUGGAAUGACAUUUGCUCAAGCUAGCAUGGAGAUCGUGCUCGCUGCACUGCUAUACCACUUCGAUUGGGAUCUCCCGAGGGGGGUGAAGCCUCAUGGGUUGGACAUGAUAGAGAAGAUGGGCCUCACUGUCCGGCGGAAGAACGAUCUGCAUCUACUCCCUGUGGUCCGCGUGCCUCCUAUUUGAUUUCCACUCGCGUUAAAUUACGAAGAUGAAUUAUCAUUUACUAUGUCUUCUAUAUAUGCGCUUUUCUCGAACCCGGAGGCGUAUGAAGAAGUAUUGUUAAUUACAUCACUACGUACUAGUAAGAGUCAAUUUAUAU